AUGGCGGAGCGGAGAUCGCCCACGCCGACGGCGGGUCGAGGGUCACCCUCGCCGGUGGUGGGUGGAGGAUCGUCUGCGCUCGCGACAGAGCGGAGGUCGCCCCAGCCAGCGACGGGCGAGGGGGUCCCCGCGCCCACGAUGUCGACGGGCGGCGAGCGCGGAGGCAUCCGCGCAGAUGGCCUCGAGGCCUCAGCCUGCUCCAAGGUUGACACCCUCGGAGCAGGCAUCGAGGGGCGUCGGUGUGCCGCGGGCCCGAAGGAGCAGCACGGGCAAGCGCAGCAUGAGUGCCUGCUCCGGGCCGCCCCGCUCGCGCCGGUCAAAGCCCUCAAGACCGGAGCACGCGCCACGCCGCACACGGCACCGCAACCUCUGCCCGUCGUAGAUAUCGUGGCGGAGGCCGCGAAGCUGCAGGUGGCGAUGGCUCGAGGGACUCAAGCGGCGCAACAGGCUCUAGCGCCGGGGAAUGGGGGCGACGCUGGCCAGAGCGGAGCCGAAGCAACCGCUCCGGUCGAUGCCGCAGGAGAGGUCGGCCGGGGCGAUGCAGACGAUGCCGCCUGGCCGGACGUCGAAGCUGAGGUCUGUCGGAGCGGCGCGGAUAGCGCUGCCCAUCCAGUCGCAGAGGAAGGAUCUGGUGGGGGUGCACAGGAGCGCCCCGCCAACCAGACGGAGGUGGAGACCCUCGUCCCCGAGCCCCCGAGGGCUGGGGCCGAGGGAGUCGCAGAGGAGUUGCCGCAGAGGGCACCGAUGGUGGAGGAAACCCGCGUCUUGGCGCCCGGAGAGGCCCAGGAUGUGGGUGUCGUUGCGGUAAUGACGGCGCCGACGGUGACGGCGCACUAG